AUGGCUCUCGCACUUCUCGAACCACCAACAAACACCAAUCCCCAAACCGCCCUCUCCCUCUCUCAAAAAGCGCCCACAUACUACAAAUCGCAAGCCUCCUGGUCCCUCCCCUACCCACUCAGCCUCUUCGUCAACAACGAAUCGCAAGAGAAAUGGCAAGCCUACGAAAACAUCUUCCUCGCCUGUCUCCGAACCGGCGACAACCAAUCCGCGUACCUCUACCUCGAAGAACUCACCGACCGCUUCGGCAAGGACAACGAACGUGUCACCGCGCUGCGAGGACUCUAUGAAGAAGCCACGGCGAACAAUGACAAGGAGCUGGAGGAUGUGAUGAAGCAUUACGAGGAGAUUCUGAAGGAGGAUCCGAGUGUCUUUGCGAUUCGCAAGAGGAGGAUCGCGUUGCUGAGGUCUUUGGGCCGGACGGCGGAGGCGAUCAGUGCUCUUACGAAUCUUGUGGAUACUUCGCCGACGGAUGCUGAGGCGUGGUCGGAGUUGGCGGAUCUGUACCUCACUCAGGGUGCAUACGAUCAGGCGAUAUUCUCUCUGGAGGAAGUGUUGCUGGUCAUGCCCAAUGCUUGGAAUAUCCACGCCAAGCUCGGAGAGGUCAUUUACUUGUCUGCGAAUCACAAAGAUGCUGGUCCUGAGCAGCUCAAGGGUCUGUCGGAGAGCAUGCGCAGGUUCUGUCGGAGUAUUGAGCUUUGUGAUGACUACCUUCGUGGAUAUUAUGGCCUCAAGCUGACCACCAAUCGACUCCUGGACGCUCUUCAAUCUACGAAAAAGUCGCAACAGGUUGCUUCUGACCCAUUAGCAGGCGACUUAGCUCCUCCAUCCAUCGACGCAGUCAAGAAGCUCAACGAAGUCGCAACAGCCAAGCUCGCCGAAAUCGUUCGAAGAGGUACAGCCGGCGAGAAAGGCUGGGAUGGCUACAGCGCAUCUGAGUUGAUCGCUGCCCGCGAACUUCUGGACAGAGGCACCCAGCAAAUACAACGAUGA